AUGAAAGAAGCUUCAAGUGUGUGUUUUUCAAUGACCCAAAGAUGGAAUUUCAAAGUUCAUGAGGUUGCUCAGAAUAGUUUCCGACAUGCCCAUCGCCUUUUGAGAUGUAUUUCUGAUCAAAAUCACAAAAGAAGCAUUCAGGAAGUAAGCCUGAUUGCUCAGGAUGCAGAAAAUGAGUUCAGAAAACUGCUCACACUCCUUGAUGGAUCAAUGUCAUCAGAUUGUAGGAGGAUCAGAAAGGGUCCCUUGCCAAAUUCCCAUGACAUAAACCCGGCUGAACUGAUGGACAGUCCAAAUUCUUCACCCCAAGAUUUCACAUGCAAUUCAACUCAAACCUGCAUAGUCAGAGAGUUAUUUCCCCUUCAGAGUAAUAAAUCACCAACUGCUUUGAUCCAGAGUGACAAUUUCAGCUUAUGUAGGCAUAAACAUAAUCAGGAAUUACAGCAAUGUUACUCUCAAACAAAUAUUGUUGCUAAUAAAUCUAUCACGGUGCAGAGCCAAUUCUCAGAACAUAGCACUUCUUUGAUCAGCAUGGAUGGAAGUAGCAUUGACAAGCAGACAAUUCGCUUCUCAUCAUCAGAAACUUUGGCUUCGCCGGAUGAAUCCUCCAUGUUAUCUUACAAGAGGAAGUGUGAAGUGAAAAGUGGAGAUAGUACAACAUGCGUUGUCUCAACAGGUGGAUGUCAUUGCUCCAAGCAAAGGAAACUGAGAAUAAAGAGAGCAAUUACAGUUCCAGCUUUAAGCAAUAAACCAGCAGAUAUACCUCCUGAUGACUACUCCUGGAGGAAGUAUGGGCAGAAGCCCAUAAAGGGAUCUCCACAUCCAAGGAGCUAUUACAAAUGCAGCAGCGUGAGGAGCUGCCCUGCAAGAAAGCAAGUAGAACGAUGUUUGGAGGAUCCUACCAUGUUGGUUGUGACAUAUGAAGGAGACCAUAACCACCCGAAAAUUGCUUACCAAACACCCAGCCUAAUGACUCAGGUCCAUCACUAA